GCUUUCCACGAUAAAAAAUUCACUGUUUUUACUGGAUUUUUCUUGAAUGACCACCUAGCAAGGUCAAUGUAUGGCACAAGACACGAUUGAUACUGAAAGUUCUAUUCCCAAAGAAAGCUCUGAUAAACGAAAAAUCAUCAGAAUAAAAGAAGAGAUUUUGCAAGACUUUAGAAGAGAAGCUUUUCUGCUGUCUCCUUGACCGAAAUUUUACAAUUUUGACUGAAUUUGUGACCAGUGACCAAUCAGCGAGGUCGGUGAGAGUGACACAAGUCUUCAUCAAGGAUGCCAAGAUUUCAGCAAGUAAGUGAAGGUCACGUGAGCACAGCUACUGAAAUUCUCUGGAAUGUUGGUCAGGACGUGUAUGCCCCAAUAAAGCCAGUUCCCUUGUGUCCUGUUUGCUCAGGUCUUGCUUCUGUAAUCAAAACAUUAAAGAAGCGGGAGCUGAGCGAUGUGGAAGAAAUAAUGGAUGCUAGAGAAGCUGCUGGUACUUGCUUAGUAAUGAGUGAGAUUCUAAAGCAGCUGAUAGACAUGAUGGCAAACGUAGAGGAGAUUAUCGAGCGUGAGAAUAGGACUAAGCUUUUUGAGAUUGACUUGUGUAUUGGGUCACUACAAAGUCUAGCUACAGCAUCUCAAAAGAAGAUGGAAACAUUAGUUGAACGACUUGAGCUCUUUUCUCCUGAUCACUCCCAGCUGAAGAGUAAUUGGGGAGAGUUCACAACUUGGCUGUGUGGUAUACUUCUAUCUCUCUACUGCAUUCAGCGACCAAAGAUAUGGAACAAGCUGGCAAAAUCAGAUACUUCUUUCAACAUCAAAAGUUUGAUGAUGAGCCCGAACAAAUCGGAAAGGGUUGGAUUGGACAAGAGUGUUAGUUUUGUAGAAGACACCAAAGAGGCCCAGAAGAGUGCAUUCAAACUAGUGACAACGACACUGGUAGAAGAAAUGUUGACAUUCUCGGAGCACUUGAACAAAGUCCAGAAACAACUGAACACGAUCUCAGCUCUUCUGAAACAGUGUGGAGUCACACAUUUCCCAAAGCCUCUCCCUUAUUAGAACCAGCCACUAUUUCAACGUUAUCCGUUUGAAUAGGUAAUGAAACUUUGCAGGCUUGACAAGCAACAGAGUUGCAAUAAUGCAGAUAGUGGGUGCUGUUUUAUAGCCACUACUGAGUAACCAGCUGCCUUCGGCUGAAGACAAAUAAUUUUGCAGAUUGACGUACUUUGCAACUCGAAAUACCCUUUAUUUUUUAAACAUUUUUAGCGAACUGAUUUUAAACAGAUAUAUUUGAGAACAUUUGAGAAUUUAAUGUUAAAGAUAGCCGUUCCACACUGAUAAAGAAGCUUCUGAAAUAAUUUAGUUGUCUAUAUUUCUGAAUUAUAAUUCAUAUUAAUUAAUACUUGUAUUUAUU